UAAAUCCCACCAAAGAAGGAGAGCAUGCUGGGGAAAGUGAAGGCUGUGAGGAUCACGACAGGCGGGCAUGUUUAGAUUGUUUUGGACCAGAAGGAAGGUGCGUUGCGUCUCCCCCGAUUUGAUGAGUCGUGUGUGUCUCCUUGGAACAGGGCACCACUCUGGUGUCUCGUGGGAAGUCGAUUUUGAAGAGAUUAAAAAUAUUUCUGGAGAAAUUGAUGCACGUCGGAUGAAUCGUGUGGCGAAUGGUGAAAAAGUGAAGAGUAACGUUAUCUGUUCAUUUAUCCCAAGACCAAUGCAGUGUGAUCAUUGUAAAGUUGUUGGUCAUGUUUCAAGUGUUUUUAGAAAGGAGAUGUCCAAGUUGUGGAAAAUAUAAUGUAAUGUUUUUUAAAAGUGAGGAAAAUGUGACAUUUUGCAAUUGUGGUGGGAACCAUGAAGCUACGUGUUAUGAUUCCCCAACAUGGGUGAAAGAGAAUAAGGUGGCCAAAGCAUAUCAUAUGCAGCAACUGUUAAAGGGUUGGGGGUUGAAUGGUGCACUUGAUUAGUCCAUGGUGGUGGAUAGGCCUAAACUGCAGGCUGCAGGGGUUGCCUUUCACCAGCAGGAUUGUGACAUUUUAAAGGUUAGGAAGGUGGACUUGGUGGCCUUUAUAGCUAUGGUGAUAACUGGCACUGCCAAGGUGGAGAGAAGGUCCAGGAAGAUAGAAAUCAUUGUGGAAGCGGUUCCUCGUGAAAGAUUUUUCGCGACGGAGUUACAUGGAAUAUUGUCACAAGCCUUAUCACCCUCUUGAGAAGGGAGAUAUGGACACUUGGAAAAAGUAGGAGUUUUAUUUUGUCGGAUUCUUUUAGUUUUCCUAUCACCUAUGGAUUUUCUUUUUACCUUGUUUUGGUUUCAACCCGUCCAGAUGGUGGCGGCAAUACACCUUUUUGGGUUGUAGUCCGCCAUAAAACCCACAGAAGAAACAUCGUUUGUGCUGCUGGCAGACUACUAGUGAAGAAGAGAACGUUUGUUUGUUUACAGAAGUAGCUAGCUCGGAAAUGCUAGUUGUCUUUUAAGUUUGUUAGCAUAAUUUACUUAAAUAUUGUUUUGCUAAAUCAUGAUAGCAUCAUGAUGGUAAAGAUUUCAUAGAAAUCAGACGCGGUCUAUUAGAGCAAGAAAAACCAAACUAAGCUAAGAGAUGUGCUAGCUAAGUUAGCUAGCGGAGCUUGUUUAUCAUUCAACCGUCUGUUUGCGUGGUACAGCUAACGUUAGCUUGAUAACUAACUGUUUGGAUUUAGGUCUCCUGAGGUGGUGAAUUGAAGCCACAGGAUAACCGACACGAUGGGGGCCGAGCAAAGUGGUGAUUCUGAGCACAAGCACUCUGACUACAGCACCUCGGUGGUGCCCUCACCAGCAAAGCAGAAGGCUAAAAUGGAUGACAUUGUGGUGGUGGCCCAGGGGACACAGUCAUUGCGCAACAUCCACAAUGACCCUGAUGUCAUCAAGCUUCAGGAAAUCCCAACUUUUCAGCCAUUGUUGAAAGGUGUGCUGAGUGGCCAGACAUCCCCCAGCAGUGUGUGUCUGGAGCGGCUGGACUAUGCCCAGGUGCUGCAGCUCUGCAUCCGCUAUCAGGACCACCUACGCCAGUGUUCUGAGGCCGUGGCCUUCGACCAGAACGCCCUGGUCAAGAGGAUCAAAGAGAUGGACCUAUCGGUGGAGACUUUGUUCAGCAUCAUGCAGGACCGCCAGAAGCGCUACGCCAAGUACGCUGAGCAGAUCCAGAAGGUGAACGAGAUGUCCAUGAUCUUGCGGCGUAUCCAGAUGGGCAUCGACCAGACCAUCCCUCUGAUGGAGAGGCUCAACAACCUGCUGCCGGAGAGCGAACGCCUGGAGCCCUUCGGCAUGUUGCCGGAGGGGGACGCUGCAGCCAAGUAAUAGUAGUAGCAGCAUUGCCUGAGUACGCUGAUACACUCACUGUCAUGGACCUCUAGUCUUACCUCCCAUGCCCCUGCCAACCACCACUCCAGAGAGACUUCUGAAAGCACUUUAUUGAAUCAUUUAGAGAAAGAGAGAGGGAGGGAGCGAGCAAAAGAAAGAGAACGCUGCCCCACCAGCUCCCCAAGCCAUCUUGAACCCUUCACGUCCACAAUUCACCAUCCCACCAGGCCUGGACAUUUAGCUCAGCCCCUCACCAUAAGCCAUACACACGUCCCACCAAAUCCAGCAGAAGCAGUGGGGUACAGGGACAGCUGCACCCCACACUGGGGUUUACAUGUCAGUGAGUGUUAACCACCUUCAGUCAAGGAAUUGGAAGACUGCAAAACAGAAGUUGACUUGAUGAUGCACUGAAGGGAAACUUCUUGGAUUACUGGUACUUUGAGGACACCACACGAAGUGUGGUGACAAAAUGACUUCCAAAAAUGACUUCAUCUCUAGAAGUAAUAUUGGUCAAAGAUGAGCUCAGAAGACUCCCAUAAAAGAAGCUAACUUAUUAGCUUAUUAGCCAAUAAGCUUUAGCUUGUUAUUCAGCUCUGGCAACUGACCUAUAGAUUCUGUGUUGCACUGUGCAGCAUGUGAGAAACCUAGUAGUCUCAAAUGUGGCAUAUUGUGCAAAUUAGGCCUACACAUAGGUACAGCUUUGUGGAAGAUCAUUUAUGGAUAUCACUUCAAACCAUCGAUAGUAAUCUGUGUGAAUUUUGUGAAAGUUAUGUGUGUUAGACGCUUGAAUAGUUUUGUUUCUCUGUGAGUUUCAAAUGAUUUACCUAACGACGGCGUUUUAUUUGGGAAAGAAAGAAAAAAAAAAAAUAGGAAUUUGAAUCAUUUGAAUUUCUUUCCAAAUGUAUAAAGGUGCUUAUACUGUUCUGUUUACUAAAGAAUCAGAUACUUAUCCUCUCAA